AUGCAUUUCUCAGCUCUUGCUCUAAUUGUUGCCACUGGCCUUACGAGCGCCGUGUCUGGUGUCUCAGCUUACCAAGGCGAUAGCGUUGCUCGUCUUGGGGCCCGCUCUUUAAUCAUUGAUAAUGACCAGGCUGAUGCUAUUGUUGCACGAUACUACGAGGAGGCUGGUCUUGCAGAGCGUGAUUUGGGAGACGAGGAAGUUCCCAGACUCUUCGCUCGCGACACAUGCCCUUACUGCGGUGAGAUCUUUGAUCUUGUUAAUGGAGAUAUGGCCGAGCAGUCAGUUAAUAUUUAUCCCACCCUAUACGAAUUUGAGAAGAAGACCAUCAACAUAUACAUAGUAUCCGAAACAAUCAUAAGAUCGCGAACAGCAAGAAACCCGUGGCCAAGAAAGGGAAGAAAAUAA